AAAAAAAAUCAUUCAAGAGAAAUGAUUACGCCAUCUUUUGCACAAAAAAAGUAACCAUAUUCUUAAAAAAUUACGUCCUUUAUGAAUGAAUAAUAUUAAUGAGCGGCAUGAAAAAAAAAAUUCAUUGUAAUAAAAUAAAAAUUGCCAAAUUCUGUAUUCAUCAUUGAUUUCAUCAUCAUUAAUAAUAAUAAUAAUAAAAAUGAAGCUUACUAUCGAAUUGGUGGAAGGUGCAUUUCAAUUCAUGAACAAAUCUACUGGUGAUCGUGAAUUAGAUCUACGUGAUUAUAAGAUAACAACAUUGGAAAAUUUGGGCGCCACAUUGGAUCAAUUUGAUGCCAUUGAUUUUACAUCGAACGAUAUUCGUACAUUAGAAAAUUUUCCAUUAUUGAAUCGUCUUAAACGUUUAUAUUUGAGUAAUAAUCGUUGUUCAAAAAUCGAUGAACGUCUUCAUGAAACCAUUCCCAAUUUGGAAACUCUUAUAAUGAUCAAUAAUCAGCUGGAUGAACUUGGUGAUCUUGAUCCAUUGAGUGGAUUUAAAAAAUUAACUACACUUGCAUUGAUGGGAAAUCCAGUAUCCACAAAGAAACAUUAUCGUUUAUAUGUUAUACAUCGAAUUCCAUCGAUACGUUUAUUGGAUUUUAAAAAAGUUAAAUUACGUGAACGUGAAGAAUCGAAUAAAUUAUUUAGCGGUGAAAAAGGAAAACGAUUAGAACAUGAGAUUGGUAUUAAAUCGAAAACAUUCGUUCCAGGUGGUGGUGGUGCCGGUAUUCAACCAAAUACUAAUCAACGAAAACCGCUGACAACCGAAGAGGUUCAAGCUAUUAAACAAGCUAUUUCAAAGGCCAAUACAUUGGAAGAGAUGGAACGUUUGAAAUUGUUGUUGAAACAAGGUUAUAUACCAAAUAGUAAUAAUCAAUAAUCAUUAUCAAUGAUGAUGGAUCUCAAUUGUGUAUGAAAUCAUAAUAAAAACCUCAUUUUCUUUUCAUUUUCGCAAAAAAUCAUUCUUUUAUAAUUAAUGAAAGACAAUCCAUAUGUACAAAAUAAAAUGAUGAAUAAUAAU